UGCAGUUCAUACGAUGUCUGAUAAACUCUGCAUUGCGGUUAAUUUUUUAUUUUAUUUCUUUGUAGAGAGAUUAAUGGCCUCAUUGUGAUGUUUUAAUCACAUUAGCAUUUACAUUGAAUUAAAAUAGCCAUGUUCUUGUGAUGCUUGUAAAUCCGAAUCAUACUUGCUCCACCCAAGUACCAGGCGGAUCUUGGGAAAUAUGUCAUUUGGAGCGCGCACGGUGGUGGUAGCAACCUUCUUAUUAUAGCUCAAUGGCAGAAACACACAUCAGCAAACUCAAAGGAUACGUGGAUUCUCAUUGAAUAAUUGUAUGGCUCGUGGCUGGGUGAAAGCCCAUGGUGACACACAUUUACCAACAAACUGAAACCGCAUAAGAGGACAGAUGACUCGACACGAACAUAAUUAUUUUCAUGGGACACAGAGAUAUGCUUCUUUUUGUUUGUAUUUGCUGACUACUGAAUGAAUCAUUGAUCACGGACUGCUAGUUAGCAGGUAGACAUUCCGGAAUUUCUGGCCAGCUGCAUUGCCAAGGUCCUAUAGGUAUUUGGAUUGGCUGUGGUUGUAACUAUAACAUACUAGGCUCGGAUACAACAAUCAGGUCAAUUGGACGGAUUCUCAUUCUAGCUACAUUCAUCCAUUCCAUGUUUACUCGGAGGUGUAUCAAAUUGGCUGGCUAGUUAACGAGCUAGCUAGCCAAACACACCGAGUCGGGACGGGAUUAUAAUAUUCCACGUUGCUAGCUACUGUAUUGUUUCCCUCCAGGAAUUUGGAUUUAUUUUACUAGAACAUUAACAGUACUUCGCUAUAGAUAUCUUUGGGCCAAUCCCUUUGAAACUUUACACCGAGAUUUCCCUCAACAGCUAUAUUUAUAAACGAAUGAAUUUAAAAGCUACUACAGCUAGCUAGUGUUGUUCGAUUUGGAAAAUGGAUGCGGGUAUUGAAAAGGAAUGCAGCGCUCUGGGAGGGCUCUUCCAGAUCACCAUGAACGACAUGAAGGCUAGUUAUCCAGCCUGGGAGGACUUUGUAACCAAAGGAGUUAAGCUGCAAUCCCAGCUAAGGGCAACCGUCAUCGUCACGAGCUCUUUCCUGGAUGCCUUUCAGAAGGUUGCAGAUAUGGCGACUGGAACAAGAGGGGCGACAAAAGAGAUUGGCUCAGCCUUGACGAGAAUGUGCAUGAGGCACAGAAGCAUAGAGUCCAAACUGAAGCUCUUCACCACGGCACUAACAGAUACCCUGAUCAACCCCCUGGAGCUGAAGAUUGAGGAGUGGAAGAAGGUGGCCAGUCAGUUGGACAAGGACCAUGCCAAAGAAUACAAGAAGGCCAGAGCAGACAUAAAGAAGAAAUCCUCAGAUACAAUCAAGCUGCAGAAGAAGGUUAAGAAAGGAAAGGACGAGGUGCGUGGGCAGCUGGACAGCGCCCUGCAGGAGGUGAACGUACGCUAUGCUGUGCUGGAGGAGACUGAGAAGAGGGCCGUGUGCCGGGCGCUCAUCGAAGAGAGGGGCCGUUACUGUGCCUUUGUCAGCAUGCUCAAACCUGUGCUGGAUCAUGAGAUUAGCAUGCUGGGAGAAGUGACCCACCUGCAGACCAUCCUAGAAGACCUGAGCAGCCUGACGGCCGAGCCCAGCAAACUGCCCCUCGCCAGCGAACAGGUGAUCUUGGAUCUGAAGGGAUCUGAAUACAGCUACAGUUACCAGACGCCCCCUGCCUCCCCCAGCAACACGCUGUCUCGCAAGAGCAGCAUCAGCAGUAACUACAACUCUAUUAGGUACGUCCCCUCUCUGGACUCCAUCGCUACCUCGGUGGACAGCAUUCACCUUUGCCUGCCCUCCAUGGACCCAACACAGUAUUUGUUUCAGGAGUUGAGCGGGCCGUGGUCGGGGCAGAUCGGGCCGGGCACAGAGAAUGGCACGGCCAUGCCCCCUCCACACAACGCCUACACACAGCACGGAGAGAGAGCGCGCACCAUGUCCACAUCCGGAAAGCUGGCCCUGACCCUGGGCGGUGGGCUCAACUCAGAGGCCCCCCACACCAGUCGCGACUCCCUCCACUGCUCUAGUGGCUACAGCACGCAGACCACCACGCCCUCCUGUUCCGAGGACACCAUUCCCUCUCACGCUGUAAAGAAAGAACCGACUCUUUAUGACUACGACUACAUCUCCCUGCACGGGGGCGAGGAGUUGCACCACAGCCCGCCCGACUUCGACAAGUCCUCCACCAUCCCGCGCAACAGCGACCUCAGCCUGCAGUACCGCAAGAUGUUUCAGAGCAAGCGGCCCGCCUCAACCGUCAGCCUGCUCGCUGAGCCCGAGCCGCUGGGCCUGCGCCAGAUGCACACUGCCACCAUCCGCCGCAAGCCCUCAUCCAAGCCCACCUACCGCCGUGGCACCAUCAGUGGCGGCGUACCUAUCCCUAUCUGCACCCCCCAGGUUCCCUUCAAAGCCUUGGGGGGAGGUGUAGGUGGAGGCAACGGUGGUGGAGGGGGGAAGAGCGGGAGCGACGAGAAUGUGGGGCCUCCAGAGAGCAGUGUGGGGAAGGGCGUGAUUGGCAUGAGCAGAACGGUGGACCACGAGUUGGUCCUCGCCAAGCAUAGUCUGUGCACUUCCACCCAGAGCCUGAGCACCAUGCCCUCGCAUCACUCAUCAUCCACGUCGCCCUACUACUCUCUGAUCCCGGGCCAGGCGCCAGUGCCCGUGGGCAGCUCAGAGCAGCUGUACCAGCUGAGCAAGCAGCAGCAGUACGCCCUGCACCAGCAGCAGCAGAAGCAGUACCAGCACCUACAGUACAACCAGCAGCAGCAGUUCCAGCCACCCCAGACACAACAGUUGCAACCAGCAGCCCAGACACAACAGCAGUUUCAACUACAGCAACAACAACUACAGCAGCAGCAACAGUUACAACAACAGCAGUACCAGCAGACACCACAACCGCAACAGCAGAAGCUCCAAUAUCAAAAGCAGCAGCAGCAACAGUUUCAGCGCCAGUCUCAUCUCCCACAACAGUACAACGCAUCUGGGCCUGGCAACCAGCUGGUGGAAAGCGGCCACUGCCCUCCCCCCCAGCAGCCCCCUGCCGCCCCAGACACACAGGACACAGAUGAGCCCUCGGGUGGUGGAGGUCACAUGGUCACCAUGAUCCGGGGAGUAAAACUGCGUCGGACUCUGACCAACGACCGCUCUGCCCCCUUCAUCCUCCUGCCCAACCAAUUCAAAUGAGCCCUUCCCUACCAGUGUAGGUUGUCGGACUCUGACCAACGACCGCUCUGCCCCCUUCAUCCUCCUGCCCAACCAAUUCAAAUGAGCCCUUCCCUACCAGUGUAGGUUGUCAUCGUUUUGUUUUACGGUUCUUGCUUUUCUUUUAGCCCCGUUUUGAUUACAUUUCUCCUGAGAAAAUAAAGGAUGUUUCCUUUUUGGACGUUUUGUCUCGUGUAAAAGGGUUCCCUCUCUUCAAUCAAAUGUCCAGUAGCACUGUGUUUUAAACAGAUUGUUAUAAUAUCCCUCAGAGGGACUCGUAGGUGAAUGUGGCCUCUUUAUCGCUCUGUAAUUUAAGAUUUUUAUACAUACUGUACAAGGAUGCGUGUUGGCUAUAUACAAGAAUUUGAGCGCAUAAAUGAUAAGUUUUAUGUUUCUAUAUUGUUGAGGGGAAAAUGCCUUGCUUACGUAUUAGUCUUAUCACCUGUAUGGUUGGAACCAAUAAAAACCCACACAUAUGUAUAUAUUAGCGUGUUAUACGGAAAUCUUUAUUAUUUUUUUAUUAUUAUCAGUGUCAAUGACAGACUGAAACAGUGGAUGUGUAAUGAAUGACCCCUAGAGGAAAUUAAAGACUCAUAACUAGACCUAUA